AUUCAUUUGGAUAAACAGGAUGUUUCAGAACCUGGUUCGGCAUGCGACCUCGGCUUAUCGUCCGCUCCCCACGCACCAUCCAGGGGAGCCAGGAGCAAAGUAUACUGGCAAGAUGGUCCAUGAAACCCAACUCAGUUGCUUCUAUAGUCCACCUGGAGGUUCCAACUAUGUGAGUCCCCGUCCAGGUCAUGCCAACAUGAAUGCCAAUGCAGCUGCAGGGCUUGCACCUGAGCAUAUCCCUACUCCAGGUGCAGCCCUCUCUUGGCAGGCUGCCAUCGAUGCUGCCAGACAGGCCAAAUUGAUGGGUGCUGCUGGCAAUGCGACAAUAUCCACUGCUAGCUCAACGCAGAGGAAGCGGCAGCAGUAUGGAAAACAGAAAAAACAGGGUACCACCACAGCUACACGUCCUCCCCGGGCAUUGCUGUGUUUAACACUGAAAAAUCCCAUUCGGAGGGCAUGUAUCAGUAUUGUUGAAUGGAAAUCAUUUGAAAUCAUUAUUUUACUGACUAUUUUUGCCAAUUGUGUGGCCUUAGCUAUCUAUAUCCCUUUUCCAGAAGAUGACUCCAAUGCUACUAAUUCCAAUCUGGAACGAGUGGAAUAUCUCUUUCUCAUAAUUUUUACAGUGGAAGCAUUUUUAAAAGUAAUAGCAUAUGGACUUCUCUUUCACCCUAACGCUUACCUCCGCAAUGGCUGGAAUUUAUUAGAUUUUAUAAUUGUGGUAGUAGGGCUUUUUAGUGCAAUUUUAGAACAAGCAACCAAAGCAGAUGGGGUAAAUUCAAUAGGAGGCAAAGGUGCCGGAUUUGAUGUUAAAGCACUUCGGGCUUUCCGAGUAUUGCGCCCCUUACGGCUGGUAUCUGGAGUUCCUAGCCUCCAGGUGGUUUUAAAUUCCAUUAUCAAGGCCAUGGUCCCUUUGCUGCACAUUGCCCUGCUGGUGCUGUUUGUCAUAAUUAUCUAUGCUAUCAUCGGACUGGAGCUUUUCAUGGGCAAAAUGCACAAGACCUGUUAUGUAACGGGGAUCAUAACAGAUGCACCUGCAGAAGAGGAACCUUCUCCUUGUGCGCCUGCAUUUGCACAUGGCCGGCAAUGUCAGAAUGGUACUGACUGCAGACCAGGAUGGGAGGGGCCAAAACAUGGCAUUACCAACUUUGACAACUUUGCCUUUGCCAUGUUAACUGUGUUUCAGUGCAUCACCAUGGAGGGCUGGACAGAUGUAUUGUACUGGGUCAAUGAUGCCAUAGGAAGGGAGUGGCCCUGGAUCUAUUUUGUUACUCUAAUCAUCAUAGGGUCAUUUUUUGUACUUAACUUGGUUCUCGGUGUACUUAGCGGGGAGUUUUCUAAAGAAAGAGAGAAAGCAAAAGCUCGGGGUGACUUCCAAAAGUUGAGAGAGAAACAGCAGCUAGAGGAGGACUUGAAGGGAUAUCUGGACUGGAUAACUCAAGCAGAAGACAUUGAUCCAGAAAACGAAGAUGAAGGCAUGGAUGAGGAGAAGCCCAGAAACAUGAGCAUGCCUACCAGUGAGACAGAAUCUGUGAACACAGAUAAUGUAGCUGGAGGUGAUAUUGAAGGAGAAAACUGUGGUGCACGGCUAGCGCACCGGAUAUCGAAAUCUAAGUUUAGCCGCUACUGGCGCAGAUGGAAUCGGUUCUGCAGACGGAAAUGUCGAGCUGCUGUGAAAUCCAGUGUGUUCUACUGGCUUGUGAUCUUCCUUGUUUUUCUCAAUACCCUCACCAUUGCCUCUGAACAUUACAACCAACCAGACUGGCUCACUGAAGUCCAAGAUACUGCCAAUAAGGUACUGCUGGCUCUUUUCACGGCUGAGAUGCUGCUAAAGAUGUACAGCCUGGGUCUUCAGGCAUACUUUGUGUCACUCUUCAACCGCUUUGACUGUUUCAUUGUCUGUGGUGGUAUCCUGGAGACCAUAUUGGUGGAAACAAAGAUUAUGUCACCCCUGGGUAUCUCGGUGCUGAGAUGUGUGCGAUUACUGAGGAUCUUUAAAAUCACAAGAUACUGGAAUUCCUUGAGUAACUUGGUGGCUUCCCUACUCAACUCUGUGCGUUCCAUUGCCUCCCUCCUCCUGCUCCUCUUCCUCUUCAUCAUCAUCUUCUCCCUUCUAGGGAUGCAGCUCUUUGGGGGCAAAUUUAAUUUUGAUGAGAUGCAAACCAGGAGAAGCACAUUUGAUAACUUUCCCCAGUCUCUGCUCACUGUGUUUCAGAUCCUGACUGGGGAGGACUGGAAUUCGGUGAUGUAUGAUGGGAUCAUGGCUUAUGGCGGCCCCUCUUUUCCAGGAAUGUUGGUCUGUAUUUACUUCAUCAUCCUCUUCAUUUGUGGAAACUAUAUUUUGCUGAAUGUCUUUUUGGCCAUUGCUGUGGACAAUCUUGCUGAUGCUGAAAGCUUAACAUCUGCUCAAAAAGAAGAAGAAGAGGAAAAGGAAAGAAAAAAAUUAGCUAGGACUGCUAGUCCUGAAAAGAAGCAAGAGCCCGAGAAGCUGGCUGUGGAGAGAGAGACAAAGGAGGAGAAAAUAGAGCUGAAAUCAAUCACUGCUGAUGGAGAGUCUCCGCCUUCUAACAAGAGCAAUAUAGAUGAAUAUCAGCCUAAUGAAAAUGAAGAAAAGAAUCCCUAUCCUACUACAGAAGCACCAGGAGAGGAAGAAGAAGAAGAAGAGCCUGAGAUGCCAGUUGGGCCUCGCCCACGCCCAAUGUCUGAACUUCACCUGAAGGAAAAAGCUGUACCAAUGCCAGAAGCCAGUGCUUUUUUCAUAUUCAGCCCGAGUAACAGAUUUCGGGUUCACUGCCAUCGCAUUGUUAAUGAUAACAUUUUCACCAACCUGAUCCUCUUUUUCAUCUUGCUCAGCAGCAUCUCUCUGGCAGCUGAAGACCCAGUUCGACACUACUCCGUUAGGAAUCAAAUUCUCUUUUAUUUUGAUAUAUUUUUUACUGUCAUUUUCACCAUUGAAAUUGCUCUGAAGAUCCUAGGCAAUGCAGAUUAUGUCUUCACUAGUAUCUUUACAUUAGAAAUUAUUCUUAAGAUGACUGCUUAUGGGGCUUUCCUCCACAAAGGCUCUUUCUGCAGAAACUAUUUCAACAUCUUGGACCUGCUGGUGGUUAGCGUUUCUCUCAUCUCCUUUGGGAUCCAAUCUAGUGCCAUCAAUGUUGUGAAGAUACUACGAGUCCUGAGAGUGCUCAGACCACUGAGGGCCAUCAACAGAGCCAAAGGCUUAAAGCAUGUAGUCCAGUGCGUGUUUGUAGCCAUCCGAACAAUAGGGAACAUUGUGAUUGUCACCACAUUACUACAGUUCAUGUUCGCCUGCAUAGGGGUCCAGUUGUUCAAGGGCAAACUGUAUAGCUGCAGUGAUAGUUCCAAGCAGACAGAGACAGACUGCAAGGGAAGUUUUAUUACUUACAAGGAUGGAGAGGUGUCUCAACCAAUGAUCCAACCUCGAAAAUGGGAGAAUAGUAAAUUCGAUUUUGAUAAUGUCCUUACUGCCAUGAUGGCCCUUUUCACUGUUUCAACCUUUGAAGGUUGGCCAGAACUGCUGUACCGAUCCAUUGAUUCCCAUAUGGAAGAUGUGGGUCCUAUCUAUAACCACAGGGUGGAGAUCUCCAUUUUCUUUAUUAUCUACAUCAUUAUCAUCGCUUUCUUCAUGAUGAACAUCUUUGUUGGUUUCGUCAUUGUCACUUUUCAGGAGCAAGGAGAACAAGAGUACAAGAACUGUGAGCUGGACAAGAACCAGCGUCAGUGUGUAGAAUAUGCCUUAAAGGCCCGUCCCCUUCGAAGGUACAUUCCCAAAAACCAGUACCAAUAUAAAGUGUGGUAUGUGGUGAACUCCACCUAUUUUGAAUACCUUAUGUUCGUCCUCAUCUUGUUGAACACUAUCUGCCUCGCUAUGCAGCACUAUGGUCAAAGCUGCCUCUUCAAAGAAGCAAUGAACAUUCUCAAUAUGCUCUUCACUGGCCUCUUCACCGUUGAGAUGGUUCUGAAAUUAAUUGCCUUCAAACCCAAGGGUUACUUUAGUGAUCCUUGGAAUGUUUUUGACUUCCUCAUCGUAAUUGGCAGCAUUAUAGACGUCAUUCUCAGUGAAACUAAUCACUAUUUCUGUGAUGCAUGGAAUACAUUUGACGCCUUGAUUGUUGUGGGUAGCAUUGUUGAUAUAGCAAUCACCGAGGUGAACCCAGCUGAACAUACCCAAUGCUCUUCCUCUAUGAACGCAGAGGAAAACUCUCGCAUCUCAAUCACGUUUUUCCGACUCUUCCGUGUGAUGCGUCUGGUGAAGCUCUUGAGCCGAGGGGAGGGCAUCCGCACGCUACUGUGGACCUUCAUCAAGUCCUUCCAGGCUCUCCCUUAUGUGGCUCUUUUAAUAGUGAUGCUGUUUUUUAUCUAUGCUGUUAUUGGGAUGCAGGUGUUUGGUAAAAUUGCCCUGGAUGAUACCACAGAUAUCAAUCGGAACAACAAUUUUCAAACUUUCCCUCAGGCAGUCCUGCUGCUUUUCAGAUGUGCUACAGGGGAAGCUUGGCAAGAAAUCAUGUUGGCAUGUCUCCCAGAGAAGAAAUGUGACUUUGAAUCUUUGGAACCCAACAACUCUUCUGAAGGCGAACAUUCCUGUGGAAGCAGCUUUGCUGUUUUUUAUUUCAUCAGCUUUUAUAUGCUUUGUGCCUUCCUAAUCAUUAACCUUUUUGUAGCUGUUAUCAUGGAUAAUUUUGAUUAUUUGACAAGGGAUUGGUCAAUUCUGGGCCCCCAUCAUCUGGAUGAAUUUAAACGGAUUUGGGCAGAGUAUGAUCCUGAAGCUAAAGGACGUAUCAAACACCUUGAUGUGGUGACACUCCUGCGUCGAAUACAACCUCCAUUAGGUUUUGGAAAACUCUGUCCUCACCGGGUAGCUUGCAAGCGCCUUGUCUCCAUGAAUAUGCCACUCAAUAGUGAUGGGACAGUUAUGUUUAAUGCAACUUUAUUUGCCCUAGUCAGAACAGCAUUGAGGAUCAAAACAGAAGGUAAUUUAGAGCAAGCCAAUGAAGAGCUGCGUGCAAUUAUUAAGAAAAUAUGGAAACGCACUAGCAUGAAACUGUUGGAUCAGGUUGUGCCCCCAGCAGGUGAUGAUGAGGUAACAGUUGGAAAGUUCUAUGCUACAUUCCUGAUUCAAGAGUACUUCCGAAAAUUUAAGAAACGCAAAGAACAAGGCCUUGUUGGUAAACCUUCACAACGGAAUGCUCUAUCUCUUCAGGCUGGAUUGCGAACAUUACAUGACAUUGGACCAGAAAUUCGAAGGGCAAUCUCUGGAGAUUUAACAGCAGAAGAGGAAUUAGACAAGGCCAUGAAAGAAGCUGUUUCAGCUGCCUCUGAAGAUGACAUCUUCAGAAGAGCUGGUGGCUUGUUUGGAAAUCAUGUUAGCUACUACCAAAGCGAUGGCAGAAGUUCAUUCCCCCAAACCUUCACUACUCAGCGUCCUUUGCACAUCAACAAAUCUGGCAACAAUCAGGGAGACAUAGAAUCUCCAUCCCAUGAGAAACUUGUGGAUUCUACCUUCACCCCAAGCAGCUAUUCAUCAUCAGGCUCCAAUGCUAACAUAAACAAUGCCAACAACACUGCUCUGAGCCGUUUUUCUAGUCCACCAAACUACCCCAGCACUGUCUGCACUGUGGAAGGCCACAAUACACCUUUGUCACCUGCUGCAAGAAUUCAUGAUGCUUCUUGGAAACUUGGCUGUAGAAGAUCAUGUUCCAGAGACAGUCAGGUAGCUAUUGUUUGUGAAGAAGAGACUUCUCAGGAGGAGGAAAUGUAUGAUAAACAACUGAAGGAAGAAGCGGAGUACUGCAGUGAACCAAGUCUGCUGCCUACUGACUUGUGCUCAUACCAAGAUGAUGAACAUAAACAGCUAACUCCAUCUGAAGACAACAAAUGGGAAGACACUCAACACUCUCCAAAGAGUGGACUCCUACAUUCCUUAUCCCUAAGACGAAAAGCAUCCUUUCAUCUGGAGUGUCUAAAAAAACAUAAAACUCAGAAUGCAGAAGUCCCACAGAAGACCGUGCUACCCUUGCAUUUGGUACAUCAUCAGGCACUAGCAGUUGCAGGUUUGAGUCCUCUUCAAAGAAGCCAUUCACCUCUACGGUAUUCUCGAUCAUGUGGUACACCUCCUGCUACACUCUGUGCACAGGACUGGCCACAACAAUCUAUUCAAACACUCCAACCUGAAUGCGAAGAGUCUGAUGAGAAGCUCAAUAGCAGUUUCCCAUCAAUAUAUUGCAGCUCCUUAUAUUCUGAUAGCCCCAGCUCUAGCAGCACGCGAAAAGCUAGGCCGGCCUCCCUCACAGUUCCCAGCCAUACUAGAGAGUGUGGAAGACAAUUACAUGGCAGUGCUAACAGCCUUGUUGAAGCGGUCUUGAUUUCAGAAGGACUCAUGCAGUUUGCUCAAGAUCCAAAGUUCAUUGAGGUCACAACUCAAGAACUAGCUGAUGCCUGUGACUUGACGAUAGAAGAAAUGGAGAAUGCUGCAGACAACAUUCUCAAUGGUAACAGCAAGCCAAGCCCCAAUGGCAAUCUCUUGCCUUUUGUUAAUUGCAGGGACGCAGGGCAGGACUGUUUGGAAGAGGAAGCAGCCCAAAAUCCAGAUUGUAGAAGAAGCCAAGAGGAGCCUAAGGACAGCAGGAUUUAUAUCAGCAGCUUGUAGCUGCCCAGGCUGAAAGUGAUGCUGGUUUUUUUUAAUUUGUUUCAAUGUUCCUAAUGGGUUUGUUUCAGAAGUGCCUCACUGUUCUCGUGACCUGGAGUAACCAGAACAGCGUUCUUCAUUCAUUUCUGUCAGGAAGAAUCACAGAGUUGGGUGAUGUAAAGAGCUUUCCAGGAGUGACUAUACAACCCCAGCAUGUGUCCAUGAAGGAGGAAUGAGGAGAAGUAAAAGGAGAAGAGCCAGCUCCCUCCUUUUUUAUUCCCUGCACAAGGAACAACAGCUGCUUCCUGAAUGUGAAGGAAAACCUCAGCUUCCUGUGGAUGGCCCUAGCCAAAAGGACACUGCAUCAAACGGGUGUCUUUCAACUUUGCUUGUACAAAAAAAAUAAUCAUUUUGCACAUAUUCUGUAUGAGCCUCGCCGUCUCCAUAAAGCCAAGGCCCUUUUGAUCUGCAAGUGGAAUAGAAGACUUCUGCAACAGAUCCCCACAUUUGUUGAGGAAACGGAAGCAGAAGUUAAAGGGUAUCGGAGAUGCAAGUGGCAAUACUGCAGAUGCUUAUUGCUAGAAAUACAGAGACUCCCAGGCAGUUUUCUUUGCCAACCAAUCAGAGCUCAGGCAGUCUUUUCUGCCAACCAAUCAAAGCUCUGACAGCUAGCUGUGCCCACUGCUCAGAGAGCAUGAAGCCAGCUCUGUCAAACCGGAGUUCAGGCAACCCACCCAUUUCGAAGAGAGGUGGUGAUGGGCUUAUGUAGAUCUCUCCUUGUUUUUGCCGUUUGAUAUUUUCUUGAAAGCAUGUUAUAAUUUUUAUUUUUGAAUAUUUUAUUUUAUUCAAUUUUAAUUUUUGAAGCAGAGGAGUGAAGGGAGUGUUUACAAAUUUUUGUAAUCACCUACCUUUUUGUUUUUGUUUUUCACUUUGCAAAUGUUUAAAAUUGUUUUAUGUUGUACUAUUUAAUUUUUUGCUUUCUUCCAUUGAGAUUUGGUAGAAGCUUAGAGGAGUUUUGCCAACCAUUAUGUACACCAGAAUUUGUAAUUUCAUUUGAAGUACUGGUAAAUUCCUUCUUUUGUUGAUGUUUUUAUAAUUUAAAGAUAGUAGGCAAUGCACUUGAUAUAGUCUUGCACAUAUGAGCGAUCCAUUUGGAUUCUUAGUAGUGUUAGGGUAUGUGGGCAAGUGAGCAGGACUGGGUGAAUGAAUGAGUGAUCGAGUGAAUGUACACUUAGAAGUAUGUAUGUUCAUACAGUUCUCUGCUUCCUGGUUAAAACCGCAGAAGAGUUGUAUUGGGGUCAUUUGUGUGCAAAAUAAACCACUGUCUCUGCUUUUGAAAGGAGAA